AUGGCCUCGGACCUCGGCAUGAACGCGGACCUGCCCACCAGCCCCUUGGCCAUCGAGUACGUGAACGACUUCGACCUGAUGAAGUUCGAGGUGAAGAAGGAACCCCCCGAAGCCGAGCGUUACUGCAACCGGCUGCCGGGCUCGCUAUCCUCCACCCCGAUCAGUACCCCGUGUAGCUCGGUGCCUUCCUCGCCCAGCCUGUGCGCCGCCAGCCCGGGGAGCAGCAGCAGCAACAAGGCUCACCAGUUAGAGGAUCUCUACUGGAUCAGCAACUACCAGCACCACCUCAACCCGGAGGCUCUCAACCUCACCCCCGAAGACGCCGUGGAGGCUCUGAUCGGCAGCUCGCAGAGCCACCAGCACCACCACCACCACUUCGAAGCGUACAGGACGCAGCAGUACCCCGGCGAGGAGCUGCCCGUCAACGGGCACCACCAGCACCAGGCGCCGCCGCACCAUCACCACCACCACCACCACCACCACCUCCGCCUGGAGGAUCGCUUCUCGGACGACCAGCUGGUCAGCAUGUCGGUGAGGGAGCUCAACAGGCAGCUGCGGGGCUUCAGCAAGGAGGAGGUCAUCCGCCUCAAGCAGAAGAGGAGGACCUUGAAGAACCGAGGCUACGCUCAGUCCUGCAGGUACAAACGGGUGCAGCAACGGCACAUGCUGGAGAGCGAGAAGUCUCUCCUCCAGCAGCAGGUGGACCAGCUGAAGCAGGAAGUGGCCAGGUUGGCCAAAGAGAGGGACAUCUACAAGGAGAAGUAUGAGAAGAUGGCGAGCAGGAGCUACAGAGAGCCGGGCUCGGCCGCUUCCAACCCUGGCAAGAACAAUUCCUCUUCCAACGAGUUCUUCCUGUGAGUUGUACUGCGCUCAAACUUCAGAAGGGCAAGAGGGGUGGGUAGGGGGAAGAUGCUUCUGAUGUGACUUCAAAUUAGUGUACAGAACCUUUGUAGCAGAGAAGGUGGAAAGACUGUAAAUAAUUUGACAAGGACACAUGUGGGACUUACUCUGCAGAUGCUUUGAGAAUUUUUGUUUAAUUCGAGGGAAUGUUACGGACUCGUUUCAGAAGACUGCAAUCCUGGAGAAGAAAAUCUUAAAUGUGCUGAUGUAACGGUCUAUUUAAAAGGGAGAUAAACGAAAAUAAAAACUGCAAUUCCAUUAGAGGAAAGAAACGAGAAAUAUAUUUAGAAAGGAAAAUGAAACUUUACAGGUACAAAAGUAGACUUUUAACCAGAAGAGAAAUGUUGCGAAAGUAGUUUCAAACAAAUGUGAACUUAAAAAAAACAAUCCUGCAUGCUGGACAUGUAUGGCGUUUAAAGUACUCUCUUUUUUGGUACCCAGUUCUGUUGGGAUGGGAGAAAUAAGCAUGGCUCCUGGUUUUAAUUUUUACCUUUUCUUCAUUUUUCAAGCAUCAUUGGAGAGCAGCAAGAGGAUUAAAAAUAGCUGCAUUCUGGAAUAAUCUCUGUAAUAUAUUGGCAAUGUCCUGCAAUAACACAGGGAGAAUGACGGGAAAGGAGGACUUUGUAAGUCUUCUUUCUCCUGCGGUUUAGAUUGGUUGAGUGCAGCUGGUGUUUCGUUUUGCAGUUUCACUGUUUUUCAUUAAAAAGAACUGUUUAAAAAUAUGGGGGAAAAAUUAAAUGACUUGAAUAUUUAACUGCA